AUGGCCAAACGCGUAUGCAUCGUCGGCGCCGGCCCCUCUGGCCUCGUCGCCGCAAAAACCCUCCUCCACAACGCACCAAAGGGCGCCUUUGACGUGACAAUCUACGACGCCCAACGACGUAUCGGCGGCCUCUGGCCCACACGCCGCGACGACGCCGACGGCCUCGUCCAUCCCCUCAUGCUCGCUAACCAGAGCAAGCACACUGUGCAGUUCAGCGAUCUCGCCUGGGCGCCCGAGGACCCGGACAUCCCGCGCGCCUGGAUGGUGGGUCGCUACCUCGAGCGCUAUCUCGAGCGCUACAUAAAGGGCGCCGACGCCGUCGCCGACGUGAAGCUCGGCCACCGCGUCGUUGAGACUCACCUCUCGCCCGAUGACGGGUCAUGGACCGUCACCGCCGAGAGCGAUGCGGGACGGGAGACGAGCGUGUUUGAUUACCUCCUCGUCUCAUCCGGGUUCUUUGGCAAGCCCAUUGUGCCGGAUGUCGUCUCUGACGGCACAGAGAUUCCCGUGGUCCACAGCAGCAAGUACCGUGAUCUCCAGACCUUGUUUCCGGACGGCGUGAAGAAUGGCGGCAAGAUCUUGGUCGUGGGAGGGCAGAUGUCAGGCGUCGAGAUUGCGGGCACUAUCGCCACCCAUAUCUCCUCCGCCGUCAACGCGCCGGACCCGAGCCCCGUGCCGAACGCGGAUAAGCUCACAGUCGAGCAUGUCACCCAGCGUCCUACAUGGGUGUUUCCGCUUCACACCACGCCCAAGCCCGGCGCAACGGCGGCUCCCUUCCUCCCCCUGGACUUCCCAUCCUACAACCUCAGCAACCGCCCGCACCCCCUCGAGAACAGUCAAGGCCACAUCACCCCCGACGCAGCAAGACUCACCCACGGCAUCUACACAACCUCUCUAGGCCAAGACCAAUCCGACUUCUCACCCUCCGUCGCCGUGACCCCGAAACAUCACUCAGACCCAGCCUACCUCGCCGUCUCGGAGAACUACAUGGAAUUCGUCCGCACCGGCCUCAUCAACGUUACCACCGGCAAACUCGGCUCAAUCACCGGUACCACCGCAAAAAUCACAAGCCCCGCCACCGCAGCCGCCGCCGCCGCUACCCCGGAAAUCGAAAACAUCGCGGCCGUCGUCCUCGCCACAGGCUUCGACCCCUCCCCCUGCCUCACCUUCCUCCCCGCAUCUGUCCUCGAAACCCUAAACCACUCCCCGCAGCACCGCGACCUGCCCCUCGCCCUAUCUUUCCACGGCACCCACGUAAAGGACCUCCCGACCCUAGGCUUCGUCGGCUUCUACAGGUCCCCCUACUGGGGCGUCAUGGAGAUGCAAGCUCGCUUCCUCGCAAGCCUCUGGACGAACCCCUCCGUCCCGCCCCGGCUCUCUGAAGCCCUCCUCGACGACGCCUCCGACUGGCGCACCGUCUCCCUCCGCGACGACCCCCGUGCAUCCCAGUUCCCAAUGGGCGACUACGCCUACCUCAUGCAAGAAUUCUCUUCCGCCCUCUCCAUCCCCCUCCAGCCUCCCCCCUCCCCCUUGACCCCAAUUCUCCCGCAUAACAACAAACCCAUGGACAUCCUCACCCCAGCACGCUACCUCUCCCACCUCGCCUCCUCGUCCGCGAAAGCCGAGGCCGCGAAAUCCCUCGAGCAGACAAACGCCACAGCCAUUGCAGGCCUGACGAUGAGCCGCUUCGUCCCCCGCGCCGUCUUCCGCAGCCUCCUCGGCACGUGGAACCUCGAGCGUGAUCUGACAAGCAGACUCCCCAGCCACCCGAGCGGCCACUUUAGCGGCACGGCGCAGUUCCUCCUCCGUAACAAGACCGCCGACGGCCUCAAGUGCGCCACCACCGGUUCCGCCGCCCCUGAGGAGGAAUCUACAGACGACGGCGCCCUGGCAACAGAGUACCUCUACAUUGAAGACGGGGAAUUCCGCGCCGACAACGGUCUAGUCUUCAGAGCUACCCGCCGCUACGUCUGGCGCUACGACGAGAAGAAGGACCUCGUAAGUGUAUGGUUUGCAAAGGUCAACGAUCCGAAGCGGGCAGACUACCUCUUCCACGAGAUCGAGUUCGAAGGCCCUCCAGUAGAUGACCAGAAGCCUUGGCAGGCAAAGGCUGGCCAUCUUUGCAUCGACGACUAUUACGAUGUUAAGUACGAUUUUGCCUUCAAGGCUGUCAACCUUAAGGAGUGGAAUAUCAAGUACACGGUCAAUGGGCCCCAGAAAGAUUACACGAUACAUGGCAUCUACAGGCGCUAG